UGGCAGUCCGCGCAGCCAGGCCGGUAACCCGGCACAUCCACUAGCUGCAACGGGAGGUAGCUUGAUGCUGCAGCUCGUUCCAUUGGCAUUGUUCAAUUUCCACACCCCGAUCUCGCCCUUGCCCUUUGCGAAAUCACCCCUUGACACGCACCCUGUCUUUUUUUUUGACGUCGGUGCUCCUGUACUUAUGACGUAUUGGUUCACGUCACAACCACGGCAGCAAACGUAGGUACCACACUCUCCCACCCAACGGCAGACCACGCAGGCACGUUUGGACCAGACUACCUGCCACGCAGUACCUGCCUGCCUACCAAUGAUGUACAUCCUCAGCUCGUAGUCUGGACUACGACCAAGGACCCAACCAUUCUCGUCCCAUCCCAUGCUUGCUUGCAUCUUGGUGACUGGCUCUCAGUCAAAGCUCUAUAAACCAACUUUAGCCAUCCACCCCCCUUCCUCCGCUGUCUCCUUCCUUCCCCCCUUUGCCAUCUGCUGUUGACGAAGCUCAUUCAUCAACAAACACCACCACCCUUUCCCAACGACGUGAUACCCCAUCCCCCAACGCCCCCUUUUUUGAUACCCAGGCAAUUUUUGUCAAAAGGCUCAGUCCACCGCCAAUUAAUCGACCCUCUACUAUCACAGUAGUAAUUCCAAGCACACAACUACAGAGUAAUCAUGACAACUAACGUCAACAAACCCGUCGACGUGAAGGCCAAGGAGGCCGACGUGAACAGGAAGCUCCAGAUCUACGGCAUUGCGUCUGCAUUCCAGAACGGCAAGGUUCCAUCCAAUGCCCAAAUCGAUGUUGCCCUGAACAGCUUCCUGGCCUCCAAGGCCCUGUCUUCGCCCUCAGACAAGCUUUCCACCGAGGGCAAGGCACUUGUUAAAGACUUCCGUGAGGUUGUCACCCAGGCCAAGAAUCUCCUGUUGUCCAAGAACGAGGGUAAUUUGCUCCAGGACUUCAUCUGGCAGACUACGCAGUUCGAUCCCAAGGCUGUUGGCACACCCAAUGCCCCUGUCAACAAGGAGACCGCACAGCAGCACGGCGACAAGGCACUGCAAGGAUUGCGCACUCUGGGCACCUUGAUCAUCACCAAUGGCCAAUUCCGGAAGCUUCUGAACGAUGCCAGCAUCCUGUUGCGCGAUAUUGCCGGUGACGCCGCUACUAACGCCGCCGGCAGGGUUAGGCCAUCGGAGGAUCGAUUGUCCCAGAUUGAUCGGCCCGCCGACGACAACACCUGGCAUGAGAAGCCCGACUUCUCCAAGGACAACAUUAGGAGUCAAAUUCAGAAGAACUAUAAGGGCAACGACCCUCAACAGGACGCGCAGAAGGUCGCUGAGAACGCAGCCAAUGCUGCUCAGGAUCCCAGCUCAGACAGCGGGGUCAACGUCGCGGCCGGCGUUGAUGCUGCGAAGCAGACCGCACAGGAAAAGACCGGUAUAACCGAGCAGGAUGCUGCCGCGGCGAAGGAAGCUGCCAAUAAGCGGGCCGCAGAGUACCGCGCCAAGACUCUGGAGUACCUCAAGAAGAAGGUUCCCCAAGAGCGUCGCGAGCAGACAAUUUGGCGCUUGAAGAAGAUGAUCCUUGAGUGUCAGCAGCAUCCUGACUACCAGGAGGCUAUCACGACCCUGCUUGACCUGGCCGAGCAGUACGGUGGCCACGCCAGCACCCUGGCUCAGGGUGGUCAGGGCACUGUUAAGGGCGCCCGCUCGUCCCUUGCUCAGGCUGAGGCCGAUCUCAAGACUCUGAUCGAGCGGUUUGCAAAUGGCACGUCCAGCGAUGAUUUGUGGUCAGCCGUGAACCAGAUCUACGAGGAUGCACAGAAGGACCCAGAGCUGAAGGACUGGUUCAAGUCCUUGGACAAGUACAUUCGCCGGUCUCUUCAAGAGAACGGUUACAUCCUCGAAGAGGCGUCUACCCAGGAAUGGAACAGGCUGUACGACCAUGGCGACUACCUGCUUCGCCAAAAGUACAAGACCCACACUGAUCGUGUCAUUGAUGAGGUCAAGUUCCUCGCCGGCCAGUUCGAUGAGGAUGCCCAGAACAAGCAAUUCGCCGCCACCGUCAACAAGCUCUUCACUGACCUCGGCAACGACGAAAAUGGCAAGCCAACCUUCAAGCCUCACCUGGUGAAGGACCUCACCGAAGUCAUCCUCCCGCUUGUGUUCGAGAACGUUGCUUACAUUCCCGUCCCUCGCGUCGAGUACUCUGACCCACAGGUCGACGCUGUCAUCGAGAACCUCGUCCUCGAGAGCGAUAACUUCACGCCCAACCUGUUGGAGAUCAACAGUCAGAACCACAUGCGGUGGGGACGCAAGAAGGUUACCAGCAAGCACCAGCAUGCCUUCGAAAUCAAGGUUUCGGGCGUCCAGAUGGAUCUGCGGGAUGUCAGCUUCUACGUCAAGAAGAAGCAGGGAUUCCCUUCCAUCACCGACCAGGGUGUGAUGGACAUUGUGUUGGCAGGCGAGGGCUUCGGCUUCACGCUGAAGAUGUCUUCGGCGGACAAGAAAGACUCGCAGAAUUUCUUCAAGGUCGACAAGGUUGACGUCAACAUCAGCAACAUGAAGCUGAAGGUGAAGAAGUCUAAGCAUAAGCUGCUGUUCGCUAUUGCCAAGCCUAUUGCGUUGAAGGCCAUGAAACCCGCAAUCCAGAAGGCUGCGGAGAAGGCCAUCAAGGACAACUUCAACCAGGCGGACGCCUUCUUGAAGCAGGUUCAGGUCGAGGCGAAUCGCGCCUUGGAGGAGGCUCGCGAGGAUCCCAAGAACGCCCCCAACAUCUACAAGCGCUAUGUCGACGCCUUCCAGAAGCAGCUCCUCCAGGGCAAGAAGAAGGCCGUCGAUGCCGUGGCCGAUAAGAAGGUCAACUACGCCAUCACCCAGGAGGAUAGCAUGUUCAAGGACAUCAAGCUACCGGGAGGUAUCAGCUCCAAGGCUACCGAGUACAAGGAGCUGGCCCGCAAGGGCGAGAAGUGGGAGUCGCCCGUCUUCUCCAUCGGUUCUGCUAAGACAAGUACCGAUAUCCCUGUUGCGCCCAAGGUCACCCGAAAGCCUCACACCACCGGCGCUGCCACGAACGGUUCCAACACUAAUGGUAGCACCACGCUCACCGACAAUGGCAACAUCAAGAGUGACCUCAACGCCGCUACCAAUAAUCAGUUCACCCAGUCCACCCCUGCAACCACUGUCUCCUAAGUCAUAAGUUGAGGACGGAGCAGCAUUAAAAUUGACGAUGAUGAGAUACCCACGGAAACGAAGACAUCGAUUCACGGAGCAUUCUCUACGGAAAUGGAUUCUCGCGCGCGUGCGGGUAUGUUGAAGAAAAAUGACGGCUCUUCUCCUUUGUUGAAUAACGCUAUCGGACAUGCCAUGAUUGGUCAACCUUUUGAUUUCCUUUUCUUCUUAUACCCGGACGGUCGUGGACUUUCAUAACUUUGAUACCCGGUUUGGGCAAACCAGUCUCUUUCUCAGCCGGGGAUAGGCGGGCUGCAGAAGUGUAAUGCGGGGAUUAGUAAUGGAAAGAGAGGUUCCUGUUUUCACAAUCAUUUCAUGUCUCCUUUUUCCCUCCGUCUUUCGGCUCCUCCGCAACCGCGUGCUCACCACUCUACUUAAUUCCGUAGUACGUAGAAUUGGAACACAAAAUAAGAAACUUGGUUUGUUUGUUCG